AGGAGAAUCAGCCAUUCACGGGACGUUUCGCCUGGCCGUUGUAGCCAAUCGGGUCCGAUAUGCCAAAAAUAACACCUCCUCUUGUUCAGCACCCAAAGUCGAAGGAUAGCUCUGGCCUUUCAAUUGAAGAAAGUGCUAGAUUUGUGUCAGUGUUGUAUAAUAUAACCGAUUCUCAGUGUCCAUAUUUGUUUAGGGAAGGAUCGGACUUGUCUUCAUUUGAAUGUGAGAAGACAGAACUGGCGUCAAACAUGCGUAAAAAUCAACGCUGUCCAAGCAGGGAACCGCCGAGAAAGGAAUUAUCGCCGCUCUUCUGAGGCCAAUCUCGAUUAUUUUUUUUUAUUUUUUUGUCAAAUAAGGAAACCAUAACACAGCCAGCCGUUAGCUCCACAGCUUACCGACAUAUCUUCACACACACACACACACACAAAAGGAAUCCAGCACACAAGCAAAGAUUGGAUCCACAUCCACGGCAACAACAGCAGGAAAACCUGUAGGCAGCGAUGGGUGCAUUCCUGGACAAGCCGAAGACGGAGAAGCAUAGUGCCCACGGUGAAGGUAACGGACUGCGCUAUGGCUUGAGCUCCAUGCAGGGCUGGCGGGUGGAGAUGGAGGAUGCCCACACAGCUGUGGUGGGCCUCCCCCAUGGACUCUCCGACUGGUCCUUCUUCGCUGUCUAUGACGGCCACGCAGGCUCCCGGGUGGCCAACUACUGCUCCGGCCACUUGCUGGAACACAUCUUGUCAGGAGGGGCCGACUUCAGCUCAGGACCCGGCUCCGUGGAGGGCGUGAAAGACGGCAUCCGCUCGGGCUUCCUGAACAUUGACGAGUACAUGCGCAGCUUCUCUGACCUGCGGCAGGGCCUGGACCGCAGCGGAUCAACAGCCGUGUGCGUGUUGCUCAGCCCGACCCACCUCUACUUCAUUAACUGCGGCGACUCACGGGCCGUGCUAAGUCGAGACACCAAGGUGGGGUUCUCCACCCAGGACCACAAGCCCUGCAAUCCCCGUGAAAAGGAGCGCAUCCAGAACGCUGGCGGCUCAGUCAUGAUCCAGAGGGUAAAUGGCUCCCUGGCUGUGUCCCGGGCCCUGGGGGACUACGACUACAAAUGUGUGGAUGGUAAGGGCCCCACGGAGCAGCUGGUGAGCCCCGAGCCCGAGGUGUGUGUGUUGGAGCGGGCAGCUGAAGGAGACGAGUUUGUGGUGCUGGCGUGUGACGGAAUCUGGGACGUCAUGUCCAACGAGGAGCUGUGUGAGUUUGUCCGCUCACGACUCCUGGUGUGUGAUGACCUGGAGAAGGUCUGUAACUCGGUGGUGGACACCUGUCUGCAUAAGGGGAGCAGGGACAACAUGAGUGUGGUGUUGGUGUGUUUACCCGGAGCGCCCAAGAUCUCAGAGGAGGCCGUGAAGAAAGAAGAGGAAUUGGAUAAAUACCUGGAGAGCCGUGUUGAGGAGCUCCUGGGAAACUGUGGGGAUGCAGGAGUCCCUGACCUGGUGUCUGUCCUGAGGAGCAUUGCCACAGAGAACAUCCCCAAUCUUCCACCUGGAGGAGGCCUGGCCAGCAAACGGAGCGUGAUCGAGGCGGUGUACAACAAGCUGAACCCUCACAGAGAAGAGGAAGGGGCCUGUGCGGGGGGAGAGGAGGAGAGUGAGGAGGGAGGUGGCAGCAGCACGGCUGCUCAUCUGCUGGAGGUUCUGCGGCAGUUCCGCCUGCAACACCGGGGCCAGUACCGCUCGGUGCUGGAGGAGUCCCUUGCCGCCUAUCACCUGCGGGGGGAAGAGAGCGCCUCUGCCGAGGGAGCAGGGGAGGAUGGGAGGAUCUACGACGACGACAACAGCGGCGGCUGCGACAGUGGCGGCCGGGAGCAGCCUGCCUCCCCUCCUUCUCCCCCCUCGCCCCCACCCUCACCCGCCACCGCAGAGCCAGAGGCCAGCCGAGAUGCGCCUCGGUCCAAUCCCUCCUCUGACUGAGCACCCCGCCCGCAUUAACCAACCCAUCCAUGCGACCCCAGCGCUCUAGUCAGACGUGCUAUGACCUCUCCUCCUCUUUCCUCCAGCACAGAACUUGAAUGGACACAUCGGCCACCUCCUAAUCAAUAAUCAAUGGCCUCUCUGUCUGUUCAAGUCCUGUCUCCGAGCCACAUAUAUACCUUCUAACUAACGAGGACUCUUUCUUUCUUGUGUGUCUGUUUCCCCUUUGUCGGCUGACAACCUUGGCUUGGAUCCCCCUCCCUCUAACUUGCCAGCCACUUUUACAACCUGAUCACACUGACUGAUGUUUACACUAGAGAAUAAUCAAUAACAAAUUAUUAUUAGUACGUGCAAAAGUGGCUGGUGAAGCAAAAAUGAACCUUGCACUUCAUCCAUGGCCUACAUUUACCAGUAUUUGCUUCUGGCUGAUUUACCUGCCCCCCUCCUACCCACCCAACCAACCCACCCGACACCCUCCAGCUUCACCCUCACUCCUGCUUACAGUGGACAAACUGACAAAGAGAGGAGACCCUCUGAACUGCAGCUGUGUUCAACACACUGCACUGUCUCCAGGCCAACUCCGUCUACAGACUCAGAACACACUCUUUUGCGUAUAUGUAUGUAUGUAUGUAUGUUGGUAUGUAAGUAUGUAUGUAGGAGCGUAUGCGUGUCCACAUGAGUCUUGAGUGACCGAGCAAAAGACCAACCAUCACUACUGAAAAUCUGUGUAUCUGGUGGUGGGUGAUACUCCAGUGUUAGCCCGUUUAUCAGCAUGUUUUCGACGAUGCUAGGUUGUUCAGAGCAGUCUGGGUACUGACAAACUGAGGGACACUUGUGUAGGUGAGCUUCAUUUCAUUAAAAUCAUUCCCUCACCACAUAUUUCUGAUCCCACAUCACCACAUGUCUUAGUAUGCUGCCUCACAGUCACCCAUGAAGGAGUUAAAACCCGUUCCUGAUUGUGAAUGUCUCAGUAAACGUACUGGUACCAGGUGACCGACUGAAAAUCUCUACAGCCACGCUAGCGAUGUACGGCUGUAAUCCUCUUUACACGUGACAAAACCAAAAUAUUGAAUGGAUGAAAGGUCAUAAAGGAUCCAAAUAUUUUUGCUCUACAUUGUCAGAUAAACAUUGUGCCACGUUGCUCACUGUAGUAGUGUUAGCAGCUCAAAUCACAGGCGGUUGUGCACUGAGCUGAACAACCAGUGAGUCGUCAUCCUCGCAGUCUUUUCUCUCGUAAAACCAAAAAAAUACGGUUUCGGAUAAAGGGUAAAGCUUGACCGUGGAAAUUGUUGCCCCUUUGUAGCUGUUGGGUUGUGACAUGUUUCCACUGUAAGUGUUUUAAAACAGUAUUUUUUUAUUUUUUACAAGAGAAAAGCAGCUGGUUGCUUUGGAAAAUAUACUUCCUGCUCAUGCUAACGGCACCAUCUCCGUUAAAGUGCACAGCCGCUUCCCCGAGCUUUCUCAUGGCACCGUCUGUCCUGAACAGAGCUGUGUUUGCAUUGGUGAACCGCCUUCAUGUGUGCUAACACUUACUGGGUUUUCUACUAAUGUUAGCACGUCAUGUUGACGUAAUAACGCCGACCUUUUUGAGUUGGUAACAUGCUAAUUGUUACAAAACACAUCUGAGUUUAAGAUCAACCAUCUUGCUCCCGGUUACAACAUGCCCUCUUGCCGGAAGUGCCAUCAUGCCUGCGGUUAGCAUGUUGGCACACAUCUCAAGUUAACACCAACAGUUCACAUGUAACCUUUUUAGUAUUUCAGUAUGAGUUGUUUAUCAGACAGCUGUGGCUGGCAGGUCUUUAGUUUUAUGAACUGUGGAGAAGUUGACCGCAUGACGGCCUCAAUACGGAGAACUGGGACCACGAAUGUUUCUUUCAAAUAUAAAUCCAUCCAGCCGUCGGUGAAAUACUUAAUCUGACGACGUGUUAACUAUGACCGCUGCAGGACGCGUUUCAACUUGAUAAAAGCCCACAUACAGAACAUUUCAUUCCUCAAAGGUUAUGACCGUCUCAUCCUCUAACUCUUAUUGUGAAAGUCUGAUUCAAACAGACUUCGACUUUGAAUGCAGGUAGAGGUUAUCCUAGGUCUGCAUAAAGCUCAGUACCCAUCGACUCUGGUAAUGCAUGCACUGCACUUAUCCAUUCAAUAUAAGGCACUUAACUAUCAGAGAGAAGGUUGUGCUAAACACUGUGUGUGUGUGUGUGUGCGCGCGUUUGUGUGUGUAUGAGUUGUAUUUGUAUGCGAUUAAGUUGGGCCAAAUCAGUCCCACACAUUUAAAAAUGACAAAUGAACAAAUAAAAAUGAUUUGAGGUAUAUUGUUA